UACACAAAAUGAAAAAGAAAUAUUUUCUCAUUUAGCUGAGAGGUUAAAGAGUUUAAUACUAGUAAUAGAAGAAAUGCUUAGAUCUAGUGAAUUAGUAUAUAUAGAUAUUACUACAAGUCUUGAUAAUCUUAAUACUCUCUUAACUGUUAUUUCAACAAGCACACCUAUUAGUGGCUUACUUCUUGCUGUAAUAUUGACAUCAGAUAAAACUAUAUCUACUUUAACAAGUGCCUUAGAAGUAUUAAAACAUAUAAUGCUAUCUACUGCAUUUAGUAAACAUAGAUUAAUUACUAGAUCACAAGCAAUUAUAACUAAUGAUUCUAGUUUAGUAAGAAAAGCAUUAUGCUCAUUAGAAGAGAAAUAUCAAGAAUUUGAAUUCUAUUCAGAUCUUCAUCAAGUAUGGCUUGAACAAAAACAAUAUAUCAAUACUAUAUCUGUAACAAUAACUAAUAAUAAUAUAAUUAAUGAUGAUCAAGACAAUGAUCAUAAUAGUGAUCAAGAUGAAACUAGUAGUAAUACAAGUAAAGAUAAUGAUGACCUUCAUCAAUUUGCUAUAAAUGAAUUCUAUACAGCUCAGGCUAAUAGUAAUAGUUAUCAACAUGGAGGAAAAAGAAUUCAAGUUCAAGUUACUGCAAUAGCAAGAUAUAGAAAAAGAUUAAAUCAUAGACUUAAAAAAGUUUAA